GGGUAGAGGAACCUAACUGAGGAACAGAACAUCGACUUCUUUCACUCAAACCCAGAGUGCAGUUUUACACAAGAUUCCUUCUUGUGGAAUUUAGCUCUGAGAGAAUAAGGUAGAGGAGUGGGAGUGAAUCUGAUCACCCAUUUACCAAACAGGUGAUGAAGCUUACUCUGUACAUUCUGCCCAUGGGGUUUAGUGGUCCCGUCUGGUUCCUGAUCUUGGCAAUCGCCUAUCCUGGGACAGUGCAGGGGAAAGUGGUUGAUAAUUUCCAGCCAUGUCAGCAGUUCUUCAAGGACGGGAUUGCGCCCCAGGGAUUUGAAAAUGAGGAAAACAAGGACAGCAUGGUCAAGAUCUGCCAGAUGUACAAGAACGCCUAUCACUUUGCCACCUUGUACCGGACGGACCUGCGGAUCCCAGUCUAUUCUGCCUACAGUUAUACCAACUCCAAUCCAAAACCUAAAACUUGCAGACCUCUCAAAUGGUUUAUUGAGCCUCAGAUUGAAAAUUGUACCUACGACCAAAAUAUGCAGAUAAUCAAAUUAGACACCAGUGACAAACAGGCAUUGGAUUCAGAUUACGAGAGAUCAGGUUACCAGCGAGGGCAUCUGUACCCGUUUUCCUUCAACCAUCAAGAGAGUGCAACAGCCAGCUGCACCCUCACUAAUGCCGUUCCCGAGAAACAAAGAGCCAACGUGAAAUGGUAUCAUUACACUGAGAAAGUCGUGAAGGGAUUGACACAAACAUGCCAUAACACCGGCCGUCGCAUGUACCUGGUUACAGGCUCUGACGAUUACAAUCAUGGGAAUAUUAAAAAUAGGGUUAAAAUACCCGGGCUGAUCUGGACGGCAGCUUGCUGCACGGUGCCCAGGAACCAGAACGAUCGCUUCCUGGCUGAAGAGGUGGAAGCAACCCGAAAUCCACAAACUACCAACGGAGAUUUCUCCAUUGCGUUCAUGGGAACGCUAUUUCCGGAUUUGAACAUUGUCAACGUGUCGGUGUCGACUCUGCAGAGUAGGCUGAAUGCGAGUAUCUUCAACGAGUGCAAAGAGGCAACCAGAGAAAUCUAUGAAGAGGUGCAACGUUUGCUCAGCGAAUAACGCGCGUCAACAGAUGGCAACGUGCGCGGCAGCCUCGCCAGCAGUGUGUCAGUCAUUUUUUGUAUGUCUAAUGUAUGUGAAAUGCAUAUCGGUAUGUUUU